GGACCGCAGUCACACUGGUCUCACUGGUCGCUGCCGGCGUGAAUUUUUUUGCAAAACAUAAAAAAAGUGCAAGAACCAUUAAAAACCGCGGCAAAUUUUACAAUUGAAGCAAAUAGUAACAAACAAACUAUAGUGUAAUUGUUGGGAAACUAUUUCCCAAGCUUGAAGCCUCGUUUUCGGUGCUCGCAUCGUACUUUUCACCUAUUCCUUGGCGGGCGGUUGUGUGUAUAACAAAAUGGCGUCCUCGCAAGUCUCAAACAAAUCGGGCUCCGGCUGGCCGCUCCGCGGAAGUAGCAGCAAUAAUAAUGGCACGCAAAAAUUUGCCCCCAAUCAGGCACUGACCAUAAAUCGCACCGUCAACCUAUAUCCCCUGACUAACUACACAUUCGGCACGAAGGAGCCGCUCUUUGAGAAGGAUCCAUCGGUGCCAUCAAGGUUUCAGCGUAUGCGAGAGGAAUUCGAUCGCAUCGGCAUGCGCCGCUCUGUGGAGGGAGUGCUGCUCGUCCAUGAGCAUGGGCUGCCACAUGUGCUGCUGCUGCAGCUGGGCACGACAUUCUUUAAAUUGCCUGGCGGGGAGCUUAAUGCUGGCGAGGACGAGGUCGAUGGGCUGAAGCGACUUCUCUCCGAGACGCUGGGUCGUCAGGACGGCGUCAAACAGGAGUGGAUUGUCGAGGACACCAUUGGCAAUUGGUGGCGUCCCAAUUUCGAGCCACCACAAUAUCCGUACAUUCCGCCGCACAUCACCAAGCCCAAGGAGCACAAGCGGCUGUUCCUCGUUCAGCUCCACGAAAAGGCACUAUUUGCUGUGCCCAAAAAUUAUAAGCUUGUUGCGGCGCCCCUCUUCGAGCUAUAUGACAACUCGCAAGGCUACGGACCGAUAAUCUCAUCGCUGCCGCAGGCCCUAUGCCGGUUCAACUUCAUCUACAUGUAAAGAGAUGUAAAGGCGGAUGGAUUCUAUGUCCGAUACUAGAUUAGCAGCAGCACCAGCAACACCAACGAUAGCUCUACUUUAAAGAUUUCAGCACCUCAGAUCUGCCCGUUGAUUUCCAUUUCAUGCGUGUGUGUAAUCCGUACAUAAUUGUAUUGCAGAUAAAAUGGAAAGCCUUGGCCCUCUACUUGGCAAAUAGAAUCGACAAAAUUGUGCUUUAUUUGUAAUAUGUUCGUUCGUCUUUAAUAUAAGUAUCAAUUUCAUAGGAAGGGCGGGGCGCUAUUGACUAAAAGUUUAGAUAAAUAUUCAUUCGGGAAUGUUUAUUAGAGUAUAUAUGUUUUUAGCGGGUGGUUAUAGCAUAUAGUCGCCAUAGAUUUGCUCGAAAUAUUCGCGUUUGCUGCAAUUGGAAGAUACACACAUUGGGUUGGAUUAUGUUAUUGGACACCAAUUGAGAUUAAAGCCUUAAAAUAUGGUGCUAC